GCUGGUGACCCAUAAACCCAACCCACCAAGAUUUGCAAAUCCUUCAUCUUUUCUUUCUUCCGAUCCUCCAAUGAAGAAGAGGCCGGUCAACGACGACGACGACGUUCUAAUCACCGUCGACAACAAGAAGAUGAAGAAAACCAAACCACAAGAAGAUAACGACGAAGCGUCGGAAGAUCGGAAAGAUUUCGUGUUGUUGGACGACGAGAACUUGCUGUACGAAGUGCUGAAACACGCGGACGCGCGCACGAUAGCCACGGCGGCUUGUGUUAGCAAGCAAUGGCACAAGACGGCGGAGGACGAGCGGCUAUGGGAGCUGAUCUGUACCAAGCACUGGAUAGACAUCGGGUACGGCAACCAACAGCUCCGUUCAGUGGUCCUUGCCCUCGGUGGCUUUCGCCGCCUGUACUCCCUCUACAUCCGGCCCCUUUUGAAACCACCUUCUUCGUCGUCUGCCUCGUCUUCUUCUUCAACUUGGCCCUGUCUUCCUCCUACGCCACCGCUUGUUCCGGCGAGAUCUACAGCGAACAAUAAAACUCGGUGGGGAAAAGAUGAAGUAAAUCUCACCCUUUCCCUUCUCUCGAUUCGCUACUACGAGAUGAUGAAUUUCGCUAAUCGAGGCAAAUAAAUACAAUGAUCAAGCUCCGAUGUUGGUUGGUUUUUCCUCGAAUCGAUUCUUAAUUAUGAAUUACUAGUUUUCUCUUCUUUUUUUUUUAAUUUGUAAGUUCGGAUCUGAUUGAACUAUUAUGGCCAAACUAAUUAUUGUAACUAAAGUGGUGGUUGUUAUGUCUGUUUUUCAUUUUUGUUGGGGGAAGGUGACUUGGGUUUUGUUGGAAGUUGUGGUUAAAUUAUGAUUAAUUUUUUGAGUUGGGCUUCUUGUUAUGCCGAUUUCUGAGGGGAUAACAAUGGAAAUUG